CCCGUGGUAUUCGUACACUCUCGUCGGUAAAUUCCCGUUCGCAGUAAAUCGAGGCUACCGCCAGACGAGCAGCCACGAUAGGCGCACGAUUGUAUAAACCGGUCUCUGCGCAUCAGCUCGCAUCAGUUUGGAUCGAAACGUCUCGGCGUCCGGCACGUAACGUGAUACUGAUACAAAUACAAGUUUAUAUACAAAUCGCACGUAUAUAAUAUAAAAAAUCAAUAUUACUAUUUUAUGCGUACAAAAACAUUUUAUGCAAAAUAAUUUCCACAAAUUGUUUAAACUAUUAAUUAAAUUAUUAGAUUUAUCGUAACAGAUCGUAAAGAUUCUGUCCACCUUGCGCGUAUUUGUGUUCUUGUGCGUGUUGGGCAGAGGGCGCUGCUUGUCCCAUCAAAAAAAUCAAAUUUAAGAAGCGUGAAGAAACAUGAGUAUUAUGACCAAUAAAAAGAUGCAUUCGGAUCACGCCGAAAUGAAAGAGCUGGCGACACGAAUCUGCCGCGAUUAUCUCAACGGCGCGUGGAAGGACGUGACACCACAAACAAUCGGCUUCAAACACAUCAGCGGUGGUUUAUCCAACUUAUUAUACCACAUCUCCCUGCCAGAGGACGCAAUCGGCGGCGAGAAAUACCGCGGCGAACCAAAAGAGGUCCUCAUCCGUGUCUAUGGCCAAACCCACGGCGACGCCGACCAGGCCCUCGCCUGCCUCAUCACCGAAAGCGUCGUGUUUACCCUGCUAAGCGAACGUGGCUUAGGCCCUAAACUACACGGCAUCUUCCCCGGCGGACGCAUUGAGGAAUACAUCAAUGCGCGCACGCUACAGACGCACGACCUGCAUGAUCCGCUCUAUUCGCGCCUCAUCGCCGAAAAAAUGGCGAUGAUACACCAAAUGGAGGUGCCUUUACACAAGGAACCCACAUGGCUCUGGCAGACCCUACACAGGUGGCUCAACACCUGGAAAGACAUGAGCGCGACCAAAUUACCACCGGAUGCACAACCCCUACAAGAAUGUGAUUUACACGCAGAAGCUCGCUGGAUUCGUCAAACCGUCGACGAAUUACACUGCCCAGUCGCUUUCUGUCACAAUGACAUGCAAGAAGGGAAUAUCCUAAGCGUCCAGGACGAGAAUGAGAACAACUAUGGUGAACCACGGCUUGUAAUCAUCGACUUCGAGUACUGCUCGUACAACUAUCGCUCAUUUGACCUGGCGAAUCAUUUCCUCGAAUGGGUUUAUGAUUACACGCACAAAUCAGCGCCGUAUUACAAAGCCACCAUGGAGAAUUACCCAAGUGAAGCUCAACGCCUGCAUUUUAUCCAUGCUUAUCUCAAAGAGCAGGACUCCGAUGAAGAUCCACAGGUGUUAAUGCAUGAAGUUAGGGUCUUCACGUUGGUUAGUCAUCUGUUCUGGACUCUGUGGUCGAUUGUCAAUGCUGAAACGUCAAAAAUUCCAUUUGGUUACUGGGAUUAUGGUAUUUGUCGUAUGAGGUCUUACCAGAAAGCCAAGGCAGAACUCCAGCAGUAUCACAAAACUCACAAGAGAAAAGCUGAUUCACCGUGAAUUCGCAAUGUUUCACAUCCUUAUAGCUUAGACCAUGCAGAAAAAUGUUUCGAUUACAUAUCAUGAUGAUACGCAACCCGCCUCACACAUGAUUGUGUGAGGUGAUGAAAAUGCGGACGACUGGCGAGAGACAAGGUUACUUAACGGUCUGUGAUCUUAAGCUAUGUAGAUACACAUUUAAACAAGCCACACUCAACUAUUCAGUAUAAGAGCACCGCGUUAUAUACUUACUAUACCUUCUUAUUCACACUAAGCGUAGUUAUGAAUACUUAAAUGAUGUAAGUGAGAAAUGUAUGAAGCACUGAUUUUAGCGAUGUGUAAAAUGGCGGCCGUAAUGGUUAGGAUAACGUAAGAUACGAUUUGAAUUUUUGUACAUACCAUUUUGUAGCAGUGUUUGUGUUGACUUGUAGGUCUUAUUACUUACUGAUUACUUAGUUUAGGUUAUUUAUACGACAAUUAUGUUAUUAAUAUGAAUAAAGAAUUAAAUUUUA